AUGGCAGACCUUCUCCACCACUCUCCUUCAUUCUUCAAACCGCCCCAAAACUCAACCAUCUUCGCCAUCAGAGACUCAGCAAUCAGAAACACCUCACAUCCUCUUUGGUUCCUCAAAACCCUCCUCCUCUACCACACCACCACCUACAACCCCUUCUCCUUCCACGACCUCCUCAAGAUGUCCCAAGGAACCUGCCUCACAACUCUCCUUCGCCACAAAAACAUCUCCCUCACCAAAGUUGACCGUGCACGAAACUCCGUCAAGAUUAACAACGUGACUCUCUUGAAGACGCUCGUGCUCGAUGAGCAUCUUGAAAUUGAUGGGAUUCUGGAUUUCGUGACAGGCAUGGUUGUUAAUGGUGUCUCUACUAUAGCUCGCAUGCCCACCGCGAAACCAGUAGCAAACCCACCACCCUCACUUCUCCUCACUCUAAUCUCACAUUCACUAGAACCAUCUUCGUGCCCCGCCUUUGUGGUUGCAGCCUCCAGCACUUUCUGCCUUAUUCUGCUUGGAUAUGGGAAUGACUUUGUUGGUGGGCAAUUUAUUUUGUUUAAUGCAAGAUGGGUCAAGAUUGAAUCUGAACUUGAUUUUUGGUUUGGUUGUCCAGCUUGCAUUGGUCCGGACUGGCUUUGUUUGGGGUUUGGUCUUGGUUUGCCCUAG